AUGGCCGACAAUGACAAGUCAGAAACCUCUGGUGAGCCUCAAGGCCGCCAUGUAACCUACUGUGGUGUCUGCACUCUUCCUCCAGAGUACUGUGAGUAUGGAGGCACCGUAAAGAAGUGCCAGGACUGGCUGGAGAAGAAGCAUCCCGACCUUUAUGCGAGAAUCUGGUCAGCAGAGGCUCUUGAACAAGCAACCGCAUCCCUUUCAGUAGACGCCCAGAAGCGAGCCGCCAAAGACGCACAGAAGAAGGCUGCCAAGGCCGAAGCUGCAGAGGCCAAGCAAGCCGACAAGUUGGCCAACAGCAUGGUCACUAUCAAGCGGAUCGAGCGCAACAAAAGAAAGUACGUUACGUCAGUCUCUGGCCUUGAGUCAUUCGGUCUCGAGAAUAAGAAGGUUGCCAAGGAGUUUGGAAAGAAGUUUGCGACUGGCUCGUCCGUCACCAAGACCCCAAGCGGCAGCGAGGAGAUUGUCGUUCAAGGAGAUGUCAGCGACGAGAUUGAGGAGUUUUUGUUGGAAAAGUAUAAGGAGAUACCCGAGGAUAACAUUGAGUUGGUCGAGGACAAGAAGAAAAAGGCUGCCCCGACAGCUUGA